AUGUUUAACAACGCCGUCAUCUCUUUCCUCCAGCUCUGGCUUGCGACGCUCGCCUUUGCUGCUCCCAUCGCUGAUGAUAUCAGCGCGACCUCUGCUAAGCCCUGGCACUACGGUACCGGCGGUGGAAUCAUCGGAUUCAUUGUUUUGGUGCUCGACAUCCUCGUCUGGAUCGAGGUCCUCCAGUCCAACCGUCCCGUUUCCCACAAGAUCCUCUGGUGUCUCGUCGUCUUCCUCUUCCCCAUUGUCGGCAUGCUCGUUUACUACCUGUUCUCCAACCGCCAGGCUCACAUGAGGAGCGGAGGCUACGAACCCGUCCCUUAG